AUGGAAAAUAAAGAAGGAAUGGACCAUUUAGUAGCACUAAAGGUAAUGAGGCUUACAAAACCAGCCCUCAUAAGCCCUAAAAUAGUAACCUGUGAUUUUAAAGACCUACCAGGGAAUAUACUGAAUAACUACUUAAAGGAUGAUGCAACAUCUGUUGUUGGCAUGGAGACACUUGCUGCUGGACAAUUUUUACUGCUUCCUCAAAGUUUUGGUAAUAUUUACUUAGGAGAAACUUUCUCAUGUUAUGUGUGUGUUCACAACGAGACAAAUCAACCUGUUCAAAGUGUAUCUAUCAAAGCAGAUUUACAAACCAGUUCACAAAGAAUCCCACUUUCGACUCAACAGCACCAAUCCUCUGUAAUGCUAGAUGUGGAUGAAACAUUAGGUGAUGUUAUACACCAUGAAGUAAAAGAUUUGGGAACCCACAUCUUAGUCUGUGAAGUAACAUAUAUGUCAAAUUAUAACACUCUAGCAUCUUUUAGAAAGUUCUUCAAAUUCGAAGUAAUGAAACCUUUAGAUGUCAAAACCAAGUUUUACAAUGCUGAAUCUGAUGAAGUUUUUCUUGAAGCUCAAGUUCAAAAUAUAACAUCAGGUUCAAUAAUACUUGAGCAAGUUUCUCUUGAAAGUUCCCAGCAGUUUAUAGUUAAAUCUUUAAAUGAAACAUCAGAUGGAAAGUCAGUUUUUGGUGAUGUUACUUUACUGCAAACUCAAGAAAGCUGUCAGUAUCUUUAUUGUCUAUCUCCUAAACCUAAUAUUGCUUCAGAUAUUAAAUUAAUAGCAGCUGCCAAAAAUAUUGGAAAGCUAGAUAUUGUGUGGAGAUCCAAUUUGGGGGAGAAAGGAAGAUUGCAAACUAGUCAGUUACAGAGAAUGACUCCUGAAUAUGGAGAUAUUAGGGUGACUUAUGAAAAUCUGCCUAGUAAAGUUCCAGUUGAAAAGCCAUUCAAUAUUAAAUGCAAAAUUGUUAAUGCUAGUGAAAGAACACUGGAUUUGAUUUUAAAGCUGCGAUCUCAUCAAGAUUCUAGCUUGAUUUGGUGUGGAAUAUCUAAUAGAAAGUUAGGACCAUUAGAACCUGGAGGUAAAACCUAUAUAGACUUAACUGCUGUACCUGUUAACACAGGCUUACACAGUAUUACAGGAAUAUCAUUAAUGGAUUUAUUUAUAAAGAGGACCUAUGAUUAUGAUGAUUUAGGAUCAGUAUAUAUAUUUUAA